AUGGUCAUUUACCUACUCGGUCAAACUCUGGGUGGAGCCCUAGCUGGGUUCAUACUUCAGUCGGCCUAUGGCUCCAAAAGCUUCACAGUGGGUGGCUGCAAUAUCGACCUACAGCUAGUCCCUGUUGCGGACGCCCUUCUUCUCGAGUUUAUUUUCUGCCUGCUCCUAUUAUUCCUCUCUUUUGGAGUAGGCCUUGACCCUAGACAGGGCCAGAUAUACGGCGCAGCACUCUCGCCCUUUCUAGUCGGAAUGUCGCUUGGUGUUAUAAGUUGGGGCUCAGCAUUCACUCGGAGCGGCUAUUCUGGAGCUUGUUUAAACCCCGCUCGUUGCUUCGGUGUCUACGUCGCCACCUCAUUUCCCAGCUAUCAUUGGGUACAUUGGGUCGGCCCAAUUGUCGCUUCCGUGGGACAUGGAAUCGUUUACUUUGUUGCACCUCCGUGGGACCAUAGAUCAACAUGA